AUGUCUGACGAAGGCAACGAGAUUGAGGCUGAAAUAGGAUAUGACGGUGAUGAUGGCGGUAGCGAGGACGGAUCAUUGUCAUUGGAUGAAGACGAACAUGACGGCGAAAAUUAUAUGAGUUUGGAUGAGUCUUAUAGUGGCAAUAUGGAAGUGGAAGGGUACUAUCAGUGGAAUUUUUUCGUUGAUGCCAAUGACGAAAACGAUAUCGAUGCAUCUUAUAAUGACAGCUCGAGCAAAGGAGAGGAUGGUGACGCGUGCGAAAACGAUGAUGAUGCCGAUGGUGAUGGGUGCAAUUUUGACACUGGGUACGAUGAAUACCAGCAAGAAUCACUGGACAGGCAUUGGACGGUGAUGUCCACGACGUUCAGGACAGACAAGGAGGCAUAUGAUUUCUAUAACGACUAUGCGAAAAAGCGUGGCUUCAGCAUUAGGAAGGACAACUUGAAAUAUAGUAAGGGUAUCGACGCACGUAGGCGCUUGAGGAGGUUUCUCUGUUCAAGGUCUGGGAAACGACAGGCCAAGUUUUGUACCAUGGAAGGGAAGAAGCGCAGGCUGAGAGCGGAGACUCGGUGCUAUUGCGAGGCCCAUCUAACUGUGAAGGUUGACAGAGAGCGCUCCAUUUGGUAUGUCAGCAGUUUCAGCGAUGAUCAUAGUCACACUCUUGCUAGACCGGAUGAAGUUAUAUAUCUUCGAUCUCAUAAUCAGAUAAAGGAAUACCAGAAGCUCGAGAUCUUAGCAAUGGCAGGUGCUGGGCUAAAAAAACAUUGGAUUUAUGACAACUUCGUUAGUAGGUAUGGAUCAUAUGCACGGGCUGGUUUCGGGAGGAGGAAGCUUUAUAACAUGUGUUAUAGGGAGAAAAUGAAGUUACUAGCAAAGGGUGAUGCGGACACUGCGAUUGGUAUCAUGAUGACGAGAAAGGCAAGGGAUCCAGACUUUUUCUUUGAGCACACUGUUGACGCAGAAGGCAAGCUGAAGAACAUGUUCUGGUGUGAUUCUCAGUCACGUCGAGAUUACCUUGACUUUGGUGAUGUAAUCGUCUUCGACAGCACUUACAAGAUGAAUAGGUACGGAAUGCCAUUCAUACCUUUUGUUGGUCUAAACAAUCAUCAUUGCACCACUGUGUUCGGUUGUGCUGUUGUGUUAGAUCAGACGGAGGAUACAUAUGUUUGGGUGUUGCAGACCUUCUUAAGAGCUCAUUGUCAGAAGAAGCCGAGGUCUGUAAUUACUGACGGAGACGCAGCCAUGAUAAGGGCCGUCAGGAAGGUCCUUACUGACGUGUGGCGUCGACUUUGUUCGUGGCAUAUAGAGAAAAACAUGCAGAAACACCUCCACCACAAGUCCCUUAAGGAGUUCAGGUCUCUUAUUUACUAUGCUACUACACAUGAUGAGUUUGAGGCGAGAUGGGCAGCUUUUAGAGCUAAAUGGGAGUCGGAGAAACCUGAAACAUGGUUGCGUAGGAUGUACCGGAAGAAAAGGCUUUGGGCUGCGUCAUAUCUCACCGGUGGGUUCUUCCUUGGUAUGCUGAGUAACCAGAGGAGCGAGAGUCUGAACUCUUGCCUUCAUAUGCAUCUUGACUCUGGCAUGACAAUUGUUGAUAUGGUUGUGCAUUAUGAGAACUGCAUUGUUCGGCUCCGUGAGAACGAGUCACACGACGACUGUAUGUCCACACAGACACUCCCUGUAGCAGUACUCGACGAGUUCAAAUGCAUUGAAAAAGCCGCUGCCCGUGACUUCACUGCGGUGAACUUUUACCUCUUGCAGAAAGAAAUGAAGAACGCAGCGGAUCUUGAGAUCAUAGAUAGACUCAGUGGAGCCGUCAGUAGGAGAUUCAUAGUGGCAUGGAAAAAUAACAGGCAACUGAGAUUCAAAGUGGACUAUACACCUAGUAAUUCAGAAGAAACAGUGAAGUGCAGUUGUAAUAGUAUGAAACGUAAAGGUCUUCCAUGCAAGCAUGUUCUUUAUGUUUUAGCCAGGUUGAACGUGAAGGACUUACCUAAGUGCUUAGUGCUGCGAGGAUUCAGCAAGAAUGCUAGAGGUGGACUGCCCGUGAAACGCACUAGCGAUCUCUUCGCAUGGGGAUGGGCAGGUACUGAGGAGAGAACUAAGUACAGUGAGUUGACUAUUUUGUCUGCGGAAGCAAAUCAUGCGGCAUGUCAUAAACCAUUUCUAUUUGAUAAACUGAAGGCUGCUCUGGAGGAUGUGAUAGCAAACAAGGACGUUGAGGAGGAAGAUUAUGUGAGACAGCAUAGAGUUGCACAUGAUGAUGCUUUUGUGCCGGAUCAAGAUCAUGUUUUUGUUGGUGAUCCAGAGAAAAUCAAUACGAAAGGAGCACCGAAAGGGCAGAAUAACAAAGGCCGUGGUAAGGAACCUGGCGUGACUACAAACGGUAGACCUAAAGGUUUUGAUGAGAAACCUGCAUUGUUUCUAAUAUGCCGCUGGCCCGCGAGUGGCGCCAGCGGGCGCAAAGGGGCGCUACGGGCGCAGAUGGUGAUCCCGAGACUGACGCCGCCCUCGGGCGCAGAGGGGUGCAAAGGGGCGCUACGGGCGCAGAUGGCGAUCCUGAGGCUGACGCCGCCCUCGGGCGCAGAGGGGCGCACGCGGGCCGAUGAAGAAUCAACCUCGGGGCCGGCACAGGCCAACCCUGGAGCGACGCGCGGCGCGGGCCCGCUGGCCAGAUGA